UGCGAGCGCCGAGUGGUAGGACAUGCUCAUGGGUAAGGAUUUGAAGCUAAGGUAGGGUCACGUCUUUAAACAACAAUAACUACCCAAGCCCGCCCGCCCGCCCGGCGCCCGAGUUAGCUUAGCUUCACUUCAGGGUUCAGGCAGGCCAUGCUUCUCACCGCUCGUCACCGUCUCAUGUUGCGCUCUCUAUCUUUGGCGUCAUCACCUCCCACCACUACGCUUCAAGAAAUUGCUUCCAAGCAGCCCGGAGGAGGCGUGGCCAAGGUUGUAUUGAAGAAGGGAAAGACUCAACUUUUCUCUAAGGGCGGAAGCCCAAUGGUUUACAGCGGUGCUGUUGACAGAAUUAUUGGUCGACCGCCGCCCAAGUCCGGAGAUGUAGUCCUCGUCGCUGACGGAACCCAGAAACCAAUUGGAUGGGGCUUUUACAAUUGUGUUUCUAUGUUUUGCGUUCGCCUCAUGCAACUGGAGGACGAAGCUUCAAGAGACCCUUCCUGUGCACUCAACGUGGAGAAACUGCUCGAAACAAGAAUUUUUGCUGCUGCCCAACUCCGCAACACUCUAGGCCUUCCUUCUCCCAAAACAAACGCAUACCGUCUCAUUAAUAGCGAAGGGGAUAGACUAUCAGGUCUUAUUGUUGAUGUUUAUGGAGAUUUAGCUGUUAUUGCUUCCUCUGCUGCUUGGGUAGAGAAGUACCAGCAACAAAUAAAAUCUUGCAUCUGUAGAAUCAAUGGAAUUAAACACAUAAGCUGGAGACCAUCAGUUGAAAUUCUCAAGGAAGAAGGAUUGGAUUUUUCUGAUUCAACAAAUUUGGAUUUAGUUACUUCUCCUAAAAUGGCAAGAGUAAAGGUCAUGGAGAAUGGGAUUUCCUAUAUGAUAUCAAUGGAUGGCCAAAAGACUGGCUUUUAUGCUGAUCAGCGUGAAAACCGUCAGUUUAUUUCUACCAUUUCCGAGGGUUGUAGGGUUCUUGAUAUUUGCUGCUACACAGGAGGUUUUGCGCUUAAUGCAGCACGUAGCGGUGCAUUAGAGGUCAUUGGUGUUGAUACGUCAUCACCUGCACUAGAAAUUGCAAAAGAAAACAUUGCUCUCAAUGGGCUGGAUUCAAGAAGGAUAUCAUUUCUGAGACAAGAUGCAACUGAAUUUAUGAAAGAUGCUAUUUCUAAACAUGAAAAAUGGGACAUAGUUAUUCUGGACCCUCCUAAAUUAGCACCUCGGAAAAAGGUUCUAAAGAGUGCAUCUGGCAUGUAUAGAAAUCUGAACUCCUUGGCCAUGCAGUUAACAAAGAAAGGAGGUCUACUUAUGACUUGCUCUUGCUCUGGGGCAAUGACACAAAGUGGUCAGUUCCUAGACGUUCUUCUGGGUGCUGCAUCCAUGGCUGGGAAGAAAAUCACGAUUGUGCGUGAGGCGGGAGCAGCAUGUGAUCAUCCUAUUGAUCCCUCAUAUCCUGAAGGAGAAUAUCUUUCCAAUAUCCUGCUUAGGGUUGCAUAGUUUUUUUCUUAUAUUAAAAAAUAUUGUACUUCUUUAGAAUUCAACUGUUAAGACUAAAUAAAAUGGAAAGGUUAUAAAACA